AUGGGCAAGAUGGUCAACGAACUGAAAGAAGAGUUCACCAAAACAACGGACUUCAUUAUGGAGGAGGUGAAAAGUUUAAAAUCCACCAUCGCUCAGAAGGACACCGUAAUUAAAUCAUUACAGAGCGAGCAAACGGUGCUUAAGGACGAAUUACACAAAAUCCGGAACCGUGUCUCUGUAAUGGAGAAAUUGUCGCGUGACCGCAACGUCGAGCUCCAGGCUGUUCCCGAGAACCGAAACGAAAACGUUGUAUCAAUGGUCAAAUCCUUAUGUGAAACCAUUGAACUACCUAUCUCGGACUCCGACAUACAUGCGUGCCGCCGAGUUGCAAAAAUGGAUACAACAUCAAAACGGCCACGAAAUAUUGUGGUCACUUUGACAUCUCCACGCCUUCGUGAUAGUCUGAUCUCGGCCGUGCACCGCUAUAAUAAGGAGCAUAGCGACAAAAAGUUGAACACCAACCAUAUUGGUAUAAAGGAUGUAUGCCACCAAAUAUACGUCUCUGAACACCUGUCACCGGAAUGUAAACAAUUAUAUGCUGCGGCCAGACGAACACGUACAUCAUACACCGACAACUGCCGCGAAUACCGAAUGCUGACGCUAGAACAACGCCGCAAAAUGCUGGACAUGGGGCUCCUGCAUGACGUAGUGCGCGGGCGCCUUGAUUGCCCGGAGCUCGUGGCGCAGUUGGCGCUGCGGGCUCCGGCGCGUCGCACGCGCCACACGACCUUGUUGUUGAUGCAACACCCGACCACAGACUUGGAGACGCUGAGACGUCGGCAAGAUGUGAUAGCCUUUUUCCUGAGGCCGCAGAGUGACGUCAUCAUGAAGAACAUGUGCUCCUCACUCCGGUUCAUCAAGAAUGUCAACGGAAUAUUAGCGAAAAUCAAGGCUCUUUCUGCAAAGGCAUACCAAUGGAAAUCGCUUUAUAAUACAUUAUACAACGCAGUGCUAAUAUGUGAAAUGUGCGAGGGUGCGGCGAGGUCCAGCGAGUUUCUGCAAGAACUAGCUUCUUGCGACAAUAAUAAACUUUAUGAAAUGGCUCUGUACAUGAACAGAAUAAUAGACUUUGAUCUCACCAAAUCUGAAGGAAAAUUCACAGUCAAGGCUGGAGUAGACCCUGACCUAGAUAUGAAGAAGCAGACGAUGGCCAGCCUCCACGGGCUGAUGUCGGAGACGGCGAAGGUGGAGCUGGAGCGGCUGCCGGGCUUUGUGCAGGAGUGCACCAUGCUCUACAUGCCGCACCUCGGCUACUUGCUGGGAGUUAAGGCCUGGGCGGAUGACCUCACCAUGGAACAGAAGGAACUGCCCAAUAUGAGGUUCAUGUUUCAGAACAAUGAUUACAUCCAUUACAAAAGCAAAGGAUGCGAAGAACUGGACAUGAUGAUUGGGGACACGUAUCCAGAGAUAGUCGCCCACGAGACGCGUAUAAUGAUGCGGUUGACCACCAUCAUUUUGGAGAAUCUCCACACACUGGCUGCUGUCAUCGACAAGUGCUCUGAGCUGGAUUGCCUCAUAGCCAUAUCAAAAGUGUGCAAGGAGUUCGGCUUCGUCCGGCCUACCCUGACCACAGAGAAAGUGCUCAGCAUCACGCAAGGAAGGCACCCGCUGCACGCUGCCGCGAGCGACUGCUUCGUGCCCAACGACACCGAGAGCAGCCGGGAGGCGGGCCUAGUCAAGAUCCUUACAGGGCCCAACUCUAGCGGGAAGUCGGUUUAUAUGAAGCAGAUUGGUUUGAUCGUGUACCUGGCGCACAUCGGCAGCUUUGUGCCGGCAGAGCGUGCCACUAUCGGCGUGGUCGCGCACAUCUACAGCCGCAUCCAGUCCACGGAGUGCGUGGCCGCACACAUGUCUGCCUUCCUGAUCGACCUGAGACAGAUGGCGCUAGCUCUCCAAGAGUCCACCUCCAACUCCCUGAUCAUAAUCGACGAGUUCGGCAAAGGGACGUCUGAAGUGGAUGGCCUGGCGCUGUUAGCUGCUUGCCUCAACACCUUCCUAUUCCGAGAGGACAACUGCCCUCAUCUGCUCCUGUCCACACACUUCUUGGACAUACAGAAGUAUAUCGUGAACACGCCGAUUGUGAGGUUUCAGCGCUUCGAGCAUACGCUGCAAGACGGUGAGCCUGUGUUCCUAUUCCGCCUGAUAGAGGGCAGUGCAAGCUGCAGUUUCGCGCAUGACGUAGCGCAGGCUAGCGGCAUCGACGCCGGCGUCGUCAAGCGCGCGAGACAGCUUAUGGACUGCAUUACGAAUAACAAGUUGCCGCCUGAAAACAAGAAAAUAACCGCAAAACUCAAGAGCUUCACUGAAAUAAUCAAAAACGACCUUCUCGCAGAAGACAUUUAA